CCUGAGCAGAGACACAAACGUCACUGUCUUUCAUUGCUUAUUAUUUGUCCUGCAGUAAAAACGAUUCUGCUGCACUGCCUUAGUUACACUUUUUUUAAUGGAGGUGUUUACUUUACAAGCAAACUUUUGGCCUGUUUUAAUUGUUGCUGUUGUUUUAUUUUUGAUCUGGAAGAGUCGCGGUAAAGAAGAAUACCGACGGCUGCCUCCUGGUCCCGCUCCUGCACCUGUGGUUGGGAAUUUUUUUCAGGUUCGUGUAAAGGAACCAUACAAGUAUUACCUUGAGCUCAGUAAAAAGCAUGGCUCUGUUUUCACCCUUUGGUUUGCCAACACACCCGUUGUGGUCAUCUCUGGAUACCAAGCCCUGAAAGACACCAUGAUUGGCAUGGGCAAUGAGUUUAGUGGCAGGGAAAACUACCCCCUCGCAAUGAAGAUCACUAAUGGAUAUGGUGUUUUAGUCAGCAGUGGGGAAAGAUGGAAGCAGCUUCGGCGGUUCUCUCUGUUAAACCUGAAGAACUUUGGGAUGGGUCGGCGGAGCAUCGAGGAUAAGGUGAAGGAGGAAGCCAGCUGUCUUGUGCAAACUUUUCGGACAUUUGGAGACUCUGCUUUCAGUCCAAAAGACAUGAUUGAUAAAGCAAUGUGCAAUGUGAUCUGCUCAAUCCUAUUUGGCCAGAGAUUUGAAUCCAAUGACCCACACUUAAAACUUAUAAUUGGAACUGUUGAUGACUACUUCAAAGUUCUAAGUAGUCCACUUGGACAGGCCUAUAAUAUAUUUCCCAAAAUUGUGAGCCUUUCUCUUGGACCGCUCCGUGACAUGUUUUCAAAAAUAGAAAAGGUCAGAGGUUUAAUUAAGCUUGAAGCAGAGGCACGGAUGAAGACAUUGGAUCUUUCUUCACCCCCUAAAGAUUUCAUUGAGGCUUUCCUUUUCCAAAUUGAAGCGGAGAAACAUAACCCAAGGACAGAAUUUCAUAUGAAUAAUUUAGUGGGCACAGUGUGGAGCUUGUGUAAUGCUGGCAUUGAGACUACCGCUUCUACAAUCAGUCAGAGUCUGCUGCUAAUGAUGAAGCACCCAGAUAUCCAAGCACGAGUCCAGAAGGAGAUUGAUAAGGUGGUGGGGAGAGACAGGUGCCCUUCCAUCGAUGACAGACAGAACAUGCCAUAUACAGAUGCAGUCAUUCAUGAAGUUCAGCGCACCUUGGAUAUUGCUCCUAUUGCUGUUCCACAUAAAAUCUUCCAUGACACUGAGUUUAAGAACUAUCUCAUACCCAAGGGAACCAUUGUUCUUCCUUUGCUGUGUUCUGUGCUUUCUGACCCUAAGCUAUGGAAGAACCCUGACAAUUUUGACCCAGAGAACUUCCUAGAUGAAGAGGGACAAUUCAAAAGAAAUGAUGCUUUCGUUGUGUUUGGAAUGGGGAAGCGGGCCUGUUUGGGUGAAUCUCUGGCCCGAGUGGAACUCUUCAUUAUGUUCACCUCCCUCCUCCAGCACUUCACCUUCAGGGCCACUCAGCCACCAGAAGAGAUUGAUACAAGCCCUAUCAUUUGCAGCUUUGGCCGUUUACCUCGUUUUUAUGAGUGCUAUGCUGUGCACAGGAAAUAAACAACUGCUUUUCCUGGAUGCUAUAUUGAUUAUCCAUUUUGUCUAUUAUACAGCUGCAAUAAUAUAAAAAUAUUAAGAAAAAAAUUAAGAGAUCUUGGCAGCAUAGUGGUGCAGUGGUUAGCAAUGUUGCCUCUGGGUUUGAACCUACCAGUUGACUGGGGCCUUUCUGUGUGGAAUUUGCAUGUUCUCCUCAUGUCUGUGUGGGGUUCCUCCAGGUACUCUGGUUUCCUUCCACAGUCCAAAGACGGGCAGAUUAGGUCAACCCAGGUCAGUUCUAAUUGUAUCUAUUUUUUGAAAGUGUGCAACAAGAGCAAAAUUCAGAGUAGAGUUAAACAUGCAUACAGACAAGUUAAUACUGAAAUUAUACACAUCGGUAUUCAGAACUCUGACAUAUGUAUGAAAUUAAAUGCAACACCUGACUGCUGUUCAAGUGCUGUUUUAUAUGUUGCUGAACAAUAAGGUUGGAAAACACGUAAAACUGAGCCAAAUUUGUGGUGAUUAAUGUGAUAUUUACAACUAUUCAUGUAGCAAUAUACUAGAUUCCUAUUAGAUUUAUAUAUUUGAAUGCUUUCCAUCUUCUCAUUCAUAUAUCCUUGUAUUAGUCUUUUUCAAUUUUGUUUUUUAAUUUUUUAAUUUUCACAUUUCCCUACAAACAAAUAGUCUUAAUUAGUCAAUGGUUCACCUAGAAAAAUCAACUUAACCAGUUUGCAUUGGGCAGUAUGGUGGUGUAGUGGUUAGCACUGUUGCCUCACAGCAAGAAGGUUCUGGGUUUGAGCCCAGUGGCCGGCGGGGGCCUUUCUGUGUGGAGUUUGCAUGUUCUCCCUGUGUCAGUGUGGGUUUCCUCUGGGUGCUCUGUUUUUCCCCACAGUUCAAAGACGUACAGUUAGCUGAAGUGCCCUUGAGCAAAGUACUUAACCCCUGACUGGGCGCUCUAGUAUGGCUGCCCACUGCUCUGGGUGUGUGUGUUCACUGCUUCAGAUGGGUUAAAUGCAGAGGAUGAAUUUCACUGUGCUUGAAGUGUGCAUGCGACAAAGGUUUCUUCUUCCUAACUCUGAUUACAAGUAACUUUCCUCUUAUAAACAUUGAUGUAACUUUUGAAUGUUGAAUGCCAAUUCUUUGACUUAAUUUAAGCCACAUAUUGAAUUACAUUAGAGCAGUAUGGAAUUCACUAUUGCUGUGCUGCCUCCCUACAGUAAUCUCCAGUAAUAAACUGAAACUGUAAACUUUACAUCAGCUAUAAUAUUUCUCAUCUCAUCUCGUUAUCUCUAGCCGCUUUAUCCUGUUUUACAGGGUCGCAGGCAAGCUGGAGCCUAUCCCAGCUGACUACGGGCGAAAGGCGGGGUACACCCUGGACAAGUCGCCAGGUCAUCACAGGGCUGACACAUAAACACAGACAACCAUUCACACUCACAUUCACACCUACGGUCAAUUUAGAGUCACCAGUUAACCUAACCUGCAUGUCUUUGGACUGUGGGGGAAAC